UCACCAAAAGGCAAAAGCUACCGCGCGCAAUGGCAUCACCGGCGAACGGAGCGCUGGAGCGGUACAAGAGCGCCAUCACGGCCGCCACGUCCGUGGUGGGCGCGGCCAUGCUGCUGCGCCGCCUCGUCGCCGACGUCCUCCCGGCCGGCGCGCCUCCCCUGGUCGGCGCGCUGCUCCUCCUCCCGCCGCCCUCCUCCCGGCGCCACGCCGUGGUCAUCGAGGAGUUCGACGGCGCCUUCUACAACCGCGUCUUCCUCGCGGCCAGGGCGUACGUCUCCACGCUCCUCGCCGCGGCGCCGACCGGCGCGCCGCCCGUGGUCAAGGCCAGCCUGCCGCGCGGCGCCGGCGCGGAGCAGAUCACGCUCGCCAUGCGCCCCGGCACGACCGUCGUCGACGUGUUCCGCGGGGCGGAGCUGACGUGGCGCCUGAGCGGCGGCGGCGGCGGGCGGCGCCGGGCGGACGGCAGCGCCGGGGAGGCGUUCAGGCUCAGCUUCGACGCGCGGCACAAGGACGUGGCGCUCGGCGCCUAUCUGCCGUUCGUCAUGGCCCGCGUCGAGGCCAUGGCGCGGGAGCAGAGGCAGGCCAAGCUGUACAGCAACGAGUGGGGCAAGUGGCGGCCCGUGAGGCUCCGCAACGCCUCCACGUUCGCGACGCUGGCCAUGGACGCUGAGCUGCGGCAGGACGUGGUGGACGACCUGGACAUGUUCCUGGGCCGGAAGGAGUACUACGAGCGCACGGGGCGGGCGUGGAAGAGAGGCUACCUCCUCCAUGGUCCGCCCGGGACCGGCAAGUCCAGCCUCGUCGCCGCGAUCUCCAACCACCUCCACUUCGACGUCUAUGACCUCGACCUCGGCGCCGUCCGGUCGAACACCGAGCUCAGGAAGCUGCUGAUUCGGAUGAAGAACAGGUCCAUACUGCUGGUCGAGGACGUCGACUGCGCCUUGGCGGCGGCGCCGCGGAGGGAAGCUGACGGAGGCUCCGAUGGGAGCAUCCCAGCUUCCAAGCACCACAAGGUCACCCUGUCCGGGCUGCUCAACAUGGUGGACGGGCUCUGGUCGAGCAGCGGCCACGAGCGCAUCCUCAUCUUCACCACCAACCACAUGGACCGGCUCGACCCGGCGCUGCUCCGGCCGGGGCGGAUGGACAGGCACAUCCACAUGGGCUACUGUGGCUUCGGCGCCUUCAGGGAGCUCGCGGCCACGUACCACGGCGUCGGCGACCACCCCCUGUUCCCGGAGAUCGAGGCGCUGCUGCGGGAGGUGGACGCGGCGCCCGCGGAGCUCGCGGAGAGGCUGCUGGCGACGGACGACGCCGGAGCCGCGCUCGAGUCGGCCGCGAGGCUGCUGAGGGACCGGAAGGCCGGGGUCGAGGAGGACGGCGGCUGGUACGUCAAGCAGAAGCUGCACGCGGGGCCGAGGCGCCCCCGCCUGCGCCCGGUGCCGGUGCCGGCGCCUGGACGUGGGCGUGGCGCGCGUGCCGCGAGGCGGGUGGUGUUCGACGAGGAGAUCUUGCUGGGCGUCUCGCGGCGGCAGGGGCGCGGGUCGGGGCGGCGCGGCCGCGGUGCUGGAGUGCGCGCACCAGGACGGGGCCGGCGGUAGACCCGCGCCCGUUUGUCGAAAGUAGAAACGCUGCUGUACUGUACAAUAUGGUAGUGGUUAGAUACUAGAUGGAUAAGGCCUCCUCCAAAGAUAAAAAUCAGCUGCUAGCUCAUACAUCUAAGAAAUAAGAGAGAGUAUAUCUUCCAA